AAAAUUCCAUUUGAAAAGGAGAAGAUAUCCCCGUUCAGCGACCACAGAAGUUAACCUUGAUCCGAAAAGCGCUAAGAGCGGAACCGGAAGCGUGGUCAGUACGAUCAGACGUCAUCAGAGAAACAAUUUCUGUCGACGACGAUGUUUCGAUGUGGCUAGGUGGAUGUACCCUUGGCUAUCUCCCCGCACGGGAGGAACCAAGAGGCUCCGAGGGAUCGGAUAGAGGGAACACGAAGUAGUGGAGGCAAAACCGAUUCAGGAGGUGGUCGAGAGGAAGAAGGUGGGAAAAGAGGUAGCACGCGUAAUGCACAAUGGUGCAUUAGCCAGAAGUAGACGGUCAGACGGUCUCCAACUGACCGGCUGAAAAUCAACGAAGUUUCAAACCGAGGAACAAGAACGAUCCUGAAGAAUCCAUCAGCUAGGACGACAGCUCGCAUGACACGAAUGUCGAAGAACAACCUUAAGGGUCCAUCCUCGGAGAACUUCGUUAACCUGACAUCCAUUAAGACCGUCUCAAUUCUAUCUUCAAGUGUCUACCUUUCAGACGUACCCGAAGAUUCCAAUUGACCUUGUGUCUCUCUGUUCACCACUGGAUCAUUAUGUUGAAUUCAAAUUAAAGGAGGAUCAAAGUAAAGUCCGUCAGUCGAUAUCUUGAUAGAAACUUACGAAAAAUACUUAAUCAGACUCCAUAGAACCUGGCUACCUCCGCGAAGAUGUCCGACAUCAUCCCAAACGGUACAUCGACGGAUACCAUGGAGAAGAAGCGAGGUGACCCGGUCACCCAGGUGUCCGAUCAAGCGGUCGUUUGGAAAUCUAUGACUCUUCGUCAGAAAUGGACUUACUUCACCAGUAAUAUCACCGUGGAACCCAUGAUCGCCUGUUACGUGAUCCCCUGCAUGUUAGCCUCCCUGGCCACCCAGAACCUCAGCCUGGAGAAGGCUUGCAGGGUGAAUCUAGCCUAUUCCGACGAAGUUUGCACAGCAUUGUCCAUCAGAAAUACAACAGGCUACGAGGCUGAAGAGACCGCCGUCCAACAGCUGGUAGCUGGCAUGCAGACUUGGAAGACAGCUCUGACCAGUGGUCUCCCGACGAUUCUGAUCCUCUUCAUGGGCGCCUGGAGCGAUCGUACCGGUUUAAGGAAACCUUGUAUGUUGUUGCCAAUCGUCGGAGAGUUUCUCAGCAGCGUAAGCAUGCUGCUGUGCACCUAUUUCUUUCACGAGGUCUCGAUGGAGACGACCGGAGUGUUCGAGGCUCUGUGGCCAGCGUUAACAGGAGGAUGGUUCACCAUGUUCAUGGGUGUUUUCAGUUACAUCGCGGAGAUCACGUCGGUGGAAUCGAGGACGCUUCGUAUCGGUGCUGCUAACGUUUUCUUGUCACUCGGUGUGCCAAUCGGGAUGGCGUUGUCCGGGAUAUUGUACUUGAAAAUUGGCUUCUACGGUGUCUUUGGUAUAUCCACCGUGUGUUACGUGUUGACUUUUAUUUACGGUCUGGUGGUGAUCAAAGAGGCGCCGAAAGUUAGACUGAAACAACCGGAGAAGAUGUCCUUGUGCAAUGCGAUACUUGAUUUCUUCGCGUUCAAGCAUAUCGAAGAGACGUUUAGGGUGGCGUUCAAGAAAGGGAGGAAUAAUAGGCAGAAGAGGGUGCUGGUGCUGAUGGUUGUCGUUAUGGUUGUGAUUGGUCCUCUCUAUGGUGAAAUGGCAGUGAUGUAUCUGUACAUGAGAUACAGGUACCAUUGGAACGAAGUGAUGUUCAGUAUGUUCACGACAUUCGCAAUGGUGACGAAUUUAAUCGGUACUGCUAUAUCCGUCGGUGUGUUUAGUCAUAUUUUGAAGAUUGAUGAUGCUAUCGUUGGUAUCAUGAGUUCGAUGAGCAAGAUUUUAGCUGGUUUCGUAUAUGCCUUCGCCACCACUGACUGGAUGAUUUAUUUAGCUGCUAUCGUCGAAAUCGUGAAUGGUACAUCCUUUAUAGCAAUGAGAUCGAUAGCAUCGAAGCUAGUAUCAACCGACGAGCUUGGCAAGGUGAACUCGUUGUUUGGUGUCUGUGAGUCCAUGAUGCCUCUCGUUUACGGUCCCAUGUACAGUUCCAUUUACGCUGCCACUAUGAAAACAUUUCCGGGAACGUUCUUCAUCGUCGGCGCCUGUCUGACCAUGCCAGCCGUGUUCGCCUUCUUAUGGUUGUACACGGAACAUAGAAGAGAUCGUCAGCUAUUGGAGCAAGAGAAAAAAGCAAAGAGUAAGGCUGGGGAACAAGAUGACAGUGAUUCGAAAACUGAGAAAUGGCAAAUUAUCGGGGAGAAAAAGACGGAAGUUCGUACGAUGAACGGUGUCGCGAAUGCAGCUUUCGAAUCCGAUCGUUUAUAACUGAGGAUUUAAAUCGUAAUCAAUGAGACGAAGCAAAAAGAAAAAAGAGAGGUCAAUGAGAUGAUCAUAUAACACCUUUGUGCUGAAAUAACUUACGAACAUAUACUUGUACGAUUUAAAAAUCAAGAAUCAUUUUCAGAGGUGCAAAUUUACUACACGUACAGUCUUUUCGCGUUGAAAUUGCAGACAUUUUUAUUAAAGAAAUAUAAUAAUUGAUAUAGAAAGGAUAACUAAAUCAAUUAAAAUUUUGAUGGUGAAUAUAAUCAAAAAUAUUUUUUGCAACAGUAAGAAAUUCUUAAUAUGCAAAGCUAUUCUUUAUCUCAAAUUCUAGUACAAGCAGUCUCCGGUACUUAAUACACAAUAAUUAAUAACAAUAAAAAUGGAACAGGCAUCAGUCUGUUCACGUGUAUCAGUAUUACGAACAUUACUUGCAUAUAUCUUCCCCGAUCAUCGAUAUUAAUAAUGAAAAAUGAAAUUCAGGAAAUGGAAAUGUUACGCUAUUGUUGGACAACCGAGACAUGGGUUUUACCUUGUGUUCGAUAUUCUUAAGUGAAUGCAAGUAUUAUAAACAAAGGACAAUGUAUCAUGUUUUUUCGUGAGAAAAGAAAUUUAUCGAUCGACCUGUUGUACGUUUUUAUCGAUUAGUAUUUAUAUUAAGAACCUGCAUCAUUUUCCGUACACGCGUUAUAGCUUAUUGUGAUAUAGUACAAUAGUUUUGUAUUUAGGAAGUAAAUAAAGUUUACUGAAACAAUU